GACAAGAUGGCGGCCCCCAGGGCGCGCCGCGAGCGUCUGGGCUGGUGAAGCGUCUGGUGAAGCCCGCCAGCCUGCUUCUCCGAGGCCGUGUGGACGGGUCUGGCGGGCGGGCCGGGGAGGGCCGCCCCGGGGGACAUCCGGGGCCCGGCCUCCGGUCAGCGCCUUCUCCACGGCUGCUCCGCCGAUCCCUUCGCUGAUUCUUGCCACCAGAUAAGAACCAGGCCGGAGAGAGCCUGUGGGCGGAGGCAGGUGCCAUGGUGACCGAGCAGGAGGUGGAUUCGAUCGGCCAGAGGCUGGUGGACCCCUUGCAGCCCCUGCAGGCCCGCUUCCGGGCACUCUUCACGCUGCGGGGGCUCGGGGGCCCCAGUGCCAUCGCCUGGAUCAGCCGCGCCUUCAAGGACGAGUCUGCCCUGCUCAAGCACGAGCUGGCCUACUGCCUGGGCCAGAUGCAGGACACCCGCGCCAUCCCUGUGCUGGUGGACGUGCUGCGAGACACCCGCCAGGAGCCCAUGGUGCGCCACGAGGCCGGGGAGGCUCUAGGGGCCAUCGGGAACCCGGAAGUCUUGGAACUCUUGAAGCAAUAUUCCACGGACCCUGUGGUUGAGGUGGCCGAGACGUGCCAGCUGGCCGUGCGGCGGCUGGAGUGGCUGCGGCAGCACCCCGGGGCGCCGGCGGCGGCGGGGCCCUACCUCUCGGUGGACCCCGCGCCCCCCGCGGAGGAGCGGGACGUGGGGCGCCUGCGCGAGGCGCUGCUGGACGAGGCGCGGCCGCUCUUCGACCGCUACCGCGCCAUGUUCGCGCUGCGCAACGCGGGCGGCGAGGAGGCGGCGCUGGCGCUGGCCGAGGGCCUGCGCUGCGGCAGCGCCCUGUUCCGGCACGAGGUGGGCUACGUCCUGGGGCAGCUGCAGCACGAGGCCGCCGUGCCCGGCCUGGCCGCCGCGCUGGCCCGCCGCGCCGAGAGCCCCAUGGUGCGGCACGAGUGCGCCGAGGCCCUGGGCGCCAUCGCCCGCCCCGCCUGCCUGGCCGCGCUGCGGGCCCACGCGGCCGACCCCGAGCGCGUGGUGCGGGAGAGCUGCGAGGUGGCGCUGGACAUGUACGACCACGAGAACGCCGCCGCCUUCCAGUACGCCGACGGCCUGGAGCGCCUGCGCGCGCAGCCCGAGCCGGCCCCGCCCCCGGCCCAGUGGGUGGAGGUGCGGCCUGGGGGUCAAGAUGAUGCCAGCCCCCUGCAAGUCCUGCGGGGAUUCCAGCGCCCCAUGGAGGGUGACCAAGACCUCAGUUACAGAUCCAUCUUGCAGCUCUCCCUCCCUGUUCUCUGUACCUGCCCUGUGCUCCUGCUGCAGCCCCUCCCAGAGUAG